AUGAUUGAUCAUUUUAGCUACAUCCACUUUCAAGAAGACUCUUAUGUGGAAUUUCAGGGUUUCCAUUUGCAUCCACAAAACAACAUCAGUUUAGAAUUUCAGACUACUGGAUUCCAGGGAGUCCUUCUAUAUAUCGAACAGAGACCAACAACAGUGGGACGUUUCUUUAUUCAACUCUACAUCAACCAUGGUUUCUUACAGUACCAGUUUGCAUGUGAUGUCCAAGAAGAAAUUAGAAACAUCAGUACUAACAUUAGAGUGAAUGAUGGACGGAAAUACAAAGUGCGAAUUAGGCAAGACCUGGUGAGGUGUGAAGCUGAAGUGACUCUCCUUGGAAUAACUACAGAGAAAAGUACACCCAGCAACCAUUGGUCAUCUUUAAUUUGGCAGGCAACAGGACCCAUAUUUAUAGGUGGCUUACCACAUCGUUACGCAAGAAAGCAGGUUACUGGAUCCAUGUGCAAUUUUACUGGCUGUCUAGAAAUUACAGAAAUCAAUAACAUUGGACCGUUCACCUUUCGUAAGGCUCUGGACAGACACAAUAUCAAAAGCUGCAGGUUUUCCCUAUCUGAAGGAACAUCAGCAGCCAUCAAGGGCACUUUUUCAGGGGAGUCUGAAGCAUUCAAGGCAGCUUCAUCCUCACCGACCCACCCAGGAUUAUUAUCAGCCUGCCCAGAGAACUUGUGCCAAAAUGGAGGGACAUGUCAGCAAAUUAAUCUUCCAGGCAGUGUGGCUUCAUUUCAGUGUGACUGCCCUCUACAUUUCACUGGCCGUUUCUGUGAAAAAGAUACGACACUGUUUUUCCCAUCAUUCAGUGCAAACUCAUAUUUGGAACUUCCGUCACUAUCAUUUCUGGCUGAGGGUGGAUUUGCAACAGGGCAAGAACAGAACAGAAUGACCAUCUACUUGACAGUGAAGACAAGUGCACUAAAUGGCACUCUCCUUUACACCAGUGAUGAGCAUGACGGAGAGAAUUUCCUUCACCUUUACCUUGUGGACGGCAGACCAACAGCUCAGUUUGGUUGUGGCACUUCAACAAAUGUUCUGACAGUGACUUCCAGCCGCUCCAUUAGCAGAGACACCCUUCUGCCUAUCACAAUAAGCUACAUGUUGCCGUUUGACAAUCCUGAAGGUUAUUGCCUAAUUGAAAUGAUGACAGAUGAAAAUGUUCCCUUACGCCGAGGAACCCAUCUGCCACAUCAGCUGACCCAGGUGAACUUGCAAAGUGGCCCCCAAACUCGAUCUGCAUAG